AUGGUCUCGAAUCCGAGUCCUCCUCAACUGAAGCCAAUAGUAACAGAUUGUAUGCCUGAAGCCAUGCCGAAGCCGCUAUUCGUCCAUGGUGUGCAGGGAGCUGAACAACGAUCAGCAUGGAUGAAUACUAGUCUGUUAUUGGUGAGAAGUUCAUCCCGUUAUAUCGCAGCACGUCUGCUAAGUGCUCAGUCAGAUCCUCUAAUUGUGGAAAAGCUUACUGGGAAAGACGAUGGCAUUGUACUGUUUAGAAUGAAUCGACCACAGACAAAAAACGCUAUCAGCAUUUCAUUCUUGGAAAAGCUUCGCAACAGCGUAGCCGCUGUGAAAUUUGACAAAAAUGUUCGUGUUGUCGUGCUCAAAAGUGAUGUCGAAGGAGCCUUUUGUACAGGAGCUGAUUUGAAGGAACGAAAGUCAAUGCCAGUUGAGCAAGUUCCUGUAUUCGUUGACUCACUGCGAGCCUCAUUUUCUGAGCUGGAACUACUACCACAACCUGUAAUAGCAGCCAUAGACGGAUAUGCUCUAGGAGGUGGUCUCGAAAUGGCACUUGCAUGUGAUAUUCGUGUGGCAUCACUCGAUUCUAAGAUUGGUUUGACGGAAACAAAAUUGGCAAUUAUACCUGGAGCAGGGGGAACCCAGCGUCUCACUCGUGCUGUUGGAGCUUCAAUGGCCAAGGAACUCAUUUUUACAGGACGUAUGAUUAGUGGGGAAGAGGCACAUCGGAUAGGUCUCGUGAACCACUGCACAAAAUCGGAUGCCUUUUCCAAGGCUUUGGAAAUCGCACGGGAAAUUGUGCCAAGAGGUCCCAUCGCUGUUCGUCUUAGCAAGAUAGCAGUUAACACUGGAUCAGAAGUCUCGUUAGGCAAUGGCUUAGUGGUUGAACAACAAUGCUACGCUCAAGUGAUACCCACAAAAGAUCGUCUCGAAGGUUUGCAAGCCUUUUCUGAGAAGCGACCACCUUCAUACAAAGGAGAAUGA